CUGUGUUGUGACUGCAGCAUGUGUAGCUGAGAGCUAUGCCAGGGCUUUGUGAAGACCCCUCAUGCUAGAUGGUGUUGCUUGACUCCCUGCGACCUCAGGCUCCUCUUAGGUAACAGAGCCACAGCAAUCUGAGGCUCAGCAGAGCAGAACUGUGCACGGCACAGCAUCAGUGAUGUCACAGCGCUAAUCUCUCUGGGGGGAUUGGCGGAUGGACGCUUGUCAGAAACAUUUGAUGCUACCCUGGAUGAAAGCCGUCGGAGGCAGAGAGGGAGAGACAGAGGGAGAGUCGGAGCUGCGCCGAGCUCCCUGCUUUUGUUUUUAUGUUGAGAUUUCAGAGUGAGGUUGCUGUCAUGUUCCAGCAUGGGAAGAGCGGCUGAGGAAAGCGGCUGAGGAAAGGAGAGGGUUCAACUUAUAACCCUGCAGUGGAGCUAUCACUUUCUACUGUUCUCUCUGACUCUUUUUCACAACAAGAAACAGACACUCUGAGUCAAAGUGGGGCUCAGGCCCUGAGCCUUAGCCUCUCGUCUUACCAUUACCGCAAGCGCAAGGGGAAUUAGCGGGCAUCCCUACAGGAGGAGCACCAUGCUGACAGUGGACCACAGUAAGGGAUUUAAUUAUCAGAGAACCGAUGAGGAGGCAGUUGUUGACCGCGGGGGCACACGCUCCAUGCUCAACACCAACUUUGAGAAGGAAGAACUCGAAGGUCACCGAACUCUCUACAUCGGGGUCCACGUUCCCCUGGGCAGGAGGUCACACAGACGUCACCGUCAUCACGGACACAGACACAGGAAGAGGUCCAAGGAGAGGGACUCAUCCGCUGAUGAUGGAAGAGAAUCACCCUCACACACAGACACGCCAGCUCAGAGGGUGCAGUUUCUGUUGGGAACCGAGGAUGGCGACGAGGAGCACAUCCCCCACGCCCUGUUCACGGAGCUGGAUGAAAUCUGCCUCAGGGAGGGCGAGGACGCCGAAUGGAAAGAGACAGCCAGGUGGCUUAAGUUUGAGGAGGAUGUUGAGGAUGGUGGAGAGCGGUGGAGUAAACCCUACGUAGCCACCCUGUCUCUACACAGUCUCUUUGAGCUCCGUAGCUGCAUCAUGAAUGGCACCGUGAUGCUGGACAUGAGGGCCAACUCGCUGGAGGAGAUCGCAGACAUGGUUCUGGAUCAGCACGAGGUGUCGGGCCCUGUCGGUCAGGAUGCCAGGAAGAGGAUCCGCGAGGCCCUACUCAAACAGCACCAUCACCAAAACCACAAGAAGCUGGCCAACCGCAUUCCUAUUGUACGCUCCUUUGCUGAUAUUGGCAAGAAGCAGUCUGAGCCUCAUUCCAUGGACAAAAAUGGCCAAACAGUCUCGCCUCAGUCCCAGCCGGCUAACAAUGAGGGCAAACAGGACGUCAGCCGGGAAAACAGCGCUGUCGAUUUCAGCAAGAUUGACCUCCACUUCAUGAAAAAGAUCCCCCCUGGUGCUGAGGCAUCAAACGUCCUGGUGGGUGAGCUGGAAUUCCUCGAGCGCCCUGUGGUGGCCUUCGUCCGUCUGUCUCCUGCUGUGCUGCUCAACGGCCUGGCCGAGGUUCCCAUCACCACCAGGUUUCUUUUCAUCCUGCUUGGCCCUCUGGGAAAAGGUCCACAGUAUCAUGAAAUUGGAAGGUCUAUUGCUACCUUGAUGACUGAUGAGAUUUUCCAUGAUGUUGCGUACAAGGCCAAAGACAGGAAUGAUCUGGUUGCAGGCAUCGAUGAGUUCCUGGACCAGGUGACGGUGUUACCUCCCGGAGAGUGGGACCCCUCCAUCAGAAUAGAGCCCCCUAAAAACGUACCCUCUCAGGAAAAGCGGAAGAUUCCCCCUGUUCCCAAUGGAGUGACAGAUCUUGGAGAGUCGGAGGAGCACGGAGGGCACGGUGGCCCUGAGCUGCAGCGCACAGGGAGGAUAUUUGGUGGGUUACUCCUGGACAUCAAGCGCAAAGCUCCUCACUACCUUUCCGACUACACAGAUGCCAUCAGUCUGCAGUGUCUGGCCUCCUUCCUUUUCCUCUACUGCGCCUGCAUGUCACCUGUCAUCACCUUCGGAGGACUCCUGGGCGAGGCCACAGAGGGACGCGUGAGUGCAAUUGAGUCCCUAUUUGGGGCCUCCAUGACUGGAAUAGCGUACUCUAUUUUCGCUGGUCAGCCCCUCACCAUCCUGGGCAGCACAGGGCCUGUUCUCGUCUUUGAGAAAAUUCUCUUCAAGUUCUGCAAGGAAUACGGUCUCUCCUACCUCUCCCUGAGGGCCUGCAUUGGCCUGUGGACAGCCUUCUUCUGUCUGCUGCUGGUGGCCACGGAUGCCAGCUCGCUUGUUUGUUACAUCACACGCUUCACUGAGGAAGCUUUCGCUGCGCUGAUCUGCAUCAUCUUCAUUUAUGAGGCUCUGGAGAAGCUGCUCCACCUGGGUGUGCACUACCCCAUCAAUAAAAACAACAACCUUCAGAAACUCACAAUGUACUCGUGUGCAUGUGUGGAGCCCAGUAACCCCAGCAAUGAGACAUUAAGGUACUGGGAGGAGAGAAACAUCACAGCCUCUCAGGUCAACUGGACGAUGCUGGAGGUCAAGGAGUGCGAGAUGUUUCAUGGUGAGUUUGAAGGCAGCGCCUGUGGCCCCCAUGGCCCCUACAUCCCUGACGUUCUUUUCUGGUGUGUGGUCCUCUUCUUCUCCACCGUCUUCAUGUCGGCCUUCCUCAAGGAGUUCAAGACAAGCCGCUACUUUCCAACCAAGGUGCGGGCCAUCAUCAGUGACUUCGCCGUCUUCAUCACCAUCCUCACUAUGGUCUUUGUGGAUUAUGCUCUCGGUAUCCCCUCUCCUAAAUUACAGGUCCCGAGCAAGUUCAAACCAACACGGGACGAUCGUGGCUGGCUUAUAAACCCGGUUGGACCGAACCCGUGGUGGACCACAAUCAUCACUUGCAUCCCUGCUCUGCUCUGCACAAUCCUCAUCUUCAUGGACCAGCAGAUCACAGCCGUCAUUAUCAACAGGAAGGAGCACAAACUGAAGAAAGGCUGUGGCUACCACCUGGACCUGUUUGUGGUGGGGGUGAUGCUGGGCGUGUGCUCUGUGAUGGGUCUGCCGUGGUUUGUGGCGGCCACCGUGCUUUCCAUCUCCCAUGUGAACAGCCUGAAGCUGGAGUCGGAGUGCUCGGCUCCCGGUGAGCAGCCAAAGUUCCUGGGCAUUCGAGAGCAGCGCUUCACUGGCCUCAUGAUCUUCACUCUGAUGGGCUGCUCUGUCUUCAUGACCUCUAUGCUAAAGUUUAUCCCCAUGCCUGUGCUGUAUGGGGUCUUUCUUUACAUGGGGGCUUCAUCUCUCAGAGGCAUUCAGUUCUUUGACCGUCUCAGGCUGUACUGCAUGCCGGCCAAACAUCAGCCAGACUUCAUCUACCUUCGUCACGUCCCGCUGAGGAAGGUGCAUCUCUUCACCAUCGUCCAGCUCAGCUGCUUGAUCCUCCUCUGGGUCAUCAAGACCUCUAAAGCCGCCAUCGUCUUCCCCAUGAUGGUCUUGGCUUUGGUGUUCAUUCGGAAGCUGCUAGACUUCAUGUUCACUAAGAGGGAGCUGAGCUGGCUAGACGACCUGAUGCCCGAGUGGAAGAAGAAGAAACUGGAGGAUGCAGAGCAAGAGGAUGAGCACAGUAUUAUCGCAGAAGAAGAAGGCAUAGUACAAGUACCGCUAGAGGUCAACUUAAAGGGCGACCCAGCCACCGUGAACAUCACUGAUGAGAUGUCCAAAGGAUCCUUCGGGAAUGUGUGGAAGAGUGUCAACCCUACGGAGAGCACAAAGAAGGAACCAAGCGCUAAAAGUUCGAGUGGCGGCGAAAAGCGACACAAGCGCCGGAGGCAUGACAAGAGCUUGGACAGGGAGACAAGUUUGUGAUGACACGUACUGGCGGUGCCACUGUGCUGUCAAUCAGUUGUUCAAACAAAAAAAACAAACAAAAAAAACACGAUACCGUGCCACACUCAGCCACCUUUGUACUGUGCUACACUGUGUUUUUUGUCAUGUAAGUCUGUGUGCAAGUUGUGUAAAACAAAGACAAAUUUGUUAGAAACAGUAUUAACAUAAGAACCAAGACACUCUUGUGUUCUUUUUCUAUGUUUAUGAAAGUUUGGUGAUACCAGCAUUUAGGGGAGGCAAGAAUUGUAUGACACUUCCAGUAACUGCUGUGUCAACGGGCCAAUUGCAUAGAAAUCUGAAAAUUUUUUGAAUCUACUUUAUUUGUAUUUUGUAUGUUUUUAUAUUUUUUCAACAACAACUAUUGCCAGUUGUCCUUUUAAAAACCUGCCACAGUAAACCACAAAUGUGUGGGGUUUGUUUUAAUGCCAAUAUUGACCUGAUGCACAUCACAAUAGAAACCUAAGUAGUAGAUAAUUGCCAAUUCUGAUCUAUUUCACUGGUAUCUUUAAAAGUUGGCUCUUUAGCGAAUCUAGUAAUUUUUAGAAAGUAUUAAAUAUACGUUUUAUAUAUUCAGUAUAUCUAAAUGUUUUUUGUGACAGUGACAACUCAUAUCAUUCCAGAGUCCUUUCUUCUGCUGUUUUACCGAUAAAUGUCUCUCCUUCAGUUAUGUAUUUUCCAAAUGAGUUGAAGGAAUAGUUUGAAAUUCUGGAGGAAAAAAAACACAUUUGAUAUUGUUAAGUAAAAUGAGAAGAUUGAUACCACUUUCAUGUCUGUACACUAAAUGUGAAGUUGAACAGUUGAAGUGGAAGCUUAGCUUUGUGGAAAUGUUACAGAAUCAACCAAAAGAUAAUUAGACUAAUUACAGCUUGCUGUUCUGUACACACACAAAACAUUUUUUUGUUUUCAUAUUUUUUGUCUAGCUAGCGUUCAAAUUUAGCAUAGAGGCAUGAAACAGAUAUCGGUCUUCUUGCUUUCCUUUCAAGAACAUGGAUCAGCAAAUUUCCUAAAACUUGAUAUUUGUUGGCAGCUUAUUUGAAAAAUACAUUUUAAGCUUGCAUGGCAGCAUAGUUCAAAAACUUUCAGUAGUGGCUUUUUACGAAAUCAUCCAAUUUGCAAAUUGCUGAACAUUAGGACAACUGUACAGACACCUCUGUUUUCCACCUUCAUACUCUUCGUCAUCUUGUCAGUAAGUGUCAUCCAUGGACAAAUGAUCUCCUAUCCAAAUGACCCUAAACGUGUUAGCAUCGGAAGCUAAUUGUUUUUUAAAAAACACCUGCAUGACGGUGAAACAGACUUGGCUGUCUCGCUGCAGGACCAUGGAUUCUUCUAAAGAUGCAAUAAUACCCUUUUUCUGGGAAGGGCAACAUGUAAUAAACGGUAAAGAGUCUUAAUGAUGUAUAAUAAAUAGUAUAUUUUAUUCAUCUAAAAUGUUACUAAUAUAUUACUAACAUGAAGUCAGUGUUGAAGGCAGGUUUUUUGUUGUAGAUGUUAUUUUCCCAUUGUCUUAUUGAUGGUUCUUAGUUUUAGAGAAACUAAUAAAGAGUCAAAAUUAUAUCAAUAUCACAUAUUUUGACCACUUCUGUGUGGAAUUCUGCCUUAAACUUGGUAGUUAUAGCUGUACACUUUCUGUUGAAUAAUUUAAGUCACCUGUAUAGAAAUCCAACAUGUCUGAUCUGUUGUUCUAUUGUGAUUUGUUUCAUGAGAAUGAGAGCGUGAGAGAGUGAAUGAGAGCAUAAAUAAAAAUGUUAAACUCUG